AUGAGUAUAAGCAUGGAUGUGAAUGUGAUGUUUCUAAUCGUCAUCGCAGUGGCAGCAACAGAAGCGACGUUACGUAGCGCAGAAGCUGCAGAAUAUGUAGUAGGAGACGACUUAGGCUGGACUAUCCCUCCGGAUGGCGCUGCCACUUAUGCUGCAUGGGCUUCUAACCAUAGCUUGUUUGUUGGUGACAUUCUUGUGUUUAAGUUUGCAGCAGGAGAACAAGACUUGGCAUUCGUAACCAAGGAAGAUUUGGGCACUUGUAACACCGCAGAUCCCUUGCAUGUAUUUGAGAAUGCAACCACAAUAAAAUUUCUUGGAACCGACACAUAUUAUGUAACGUCAACUUUUGCCGGGCACUGCAGCAAAGGGCAAAAGAUGACUUUUGACAUCGCUCCCUCUUCAACCACCAGUACCAUUUCACUAGCCAGUCCAAGUCCGAGUCCAAGUGCGGAUAAAAAGCCCCUCCAGCAGUCUCUCAACUUUGUGUCUCAGAUCUCCGGGCUGGUUUUCUAG